UAAAACUAAACAAAACCAAAAAAGAAGCAACCCCCAAGCUCUCUUCUUUCUAGAUGAAGCUAUAUGUAAACAUGGAUAAAGCCCUCAUUUGCUUGAAUACUUCAAAUUUGUCUUCGUGCGUGCGUAAAAUUAUGCACGCAACACAAUAUUACGUAAUUUCAAUUAAUGACGAGCAGUGCAUUGUUUCGUCAUUUGAAGUCUAUCAACAACGGAAAGUAUGGUGCCAAUAGAGACCCCGAGACAAUCCGACAUUUGGCUUAAAGGAAAGCCUUCGUCAAAUCUUAAUUAUCUUCGCAAAAGUGGCAUAGAUCCAUGCAGAAUCCUGGAGCCUAAACGAAAGAAAUUACAGUCUCUAGAGGCUGAAAGAAUUAUGACCGUUUUUCGAGAAACAGUUCGGCGAAUGGAAAUCACUACGGCUCUCCCCUAUAUACUCAAUUCAUUAACCCGAUUUUCCAUUAUUUUCGGCCAGGAUUUGACAUCGCGUUUAAUCAGCCAUUUACACUUGCAACAUGCUUACAAAGAGGCACUUGCCGCGUUGGAGGGAAGUUUAAGGCAGAAUGUCGAGCAUGAAUCUCGUAAAGAAGGAGAUACCAAGACAGAGACUGGAUCAGGCAAUGUACAAUUUAGUAAUAACCCCAUUGUUAGCAUUACUUCGGCGAAUGGAAAUCAGUUAAGAUAUGAUCUUAAGAUGGAAGUGGAAUUUCUGGAAAAAGGAAUUAAAAGCUCAUUGAGGGAAAUACUCAGGUUUUUUAAAAAGAAUCCGAAAGCGAUUGAAAUAGUCACAGAGAGCAAACCAGUCCGCAACCAAGAGCAUACAGCUCUAUUGAACAAGCUGACAUCGGUAGAAAGUAUCAUGAAAGAGAGGCUAAUGACAUCACCAUUCGAGGAACAAGAAAUGAGAUCAAAGUUAACGGAUAUUAUUGAAAGAGAAAAGAAAACAACUGCAUUACGAGAAAAGCUUGAGAUAAAUUACCAGGCGGCUGUAGAAGCAAAGCAGUCUGAGAUUUCUGAACGAGAUACAGCAAUUCUGCGGCUUCAGCUAGACUUGCAACUGAUCGAAAAGAUUCAUUCUGAACAACAGCGACGAACUUUGACAGAAGCCUUUAAACAAUGUUCCCAGGAGAGCGAAGCGUCAAAGACUAAAAUAGCAAAAUGUUAUGAAGAUAUAAACCUGUGUAGAAAGAAAAUCCAAGAAGAUAAAAAGGAACAUCGAGCAAAUGAAAACCUCAUGAGAAAGAGGAGAUUCAAGAUAGCGACGGAAGUCUUCAACUGGGUCCAAAAAUACGAUGCAGAUUUAAGUAGUAGACAA